AUGCAUCCACAUACUACUACAUGUGGAGUUGCGCUUCAUCUUGCUCUAUUAAUAACCGCAAUCUGCAAUCCUGAGCCGCCCCAGAGAGAUCACCUACAUAAGUGCACACCUCAGCGUUAUAAGCCCAUGGCCAUGGAGGCGCAGGGCGCUCAAGAGGCUGACGAUGAGGCGAAACCCCCGGCACGACGCAUUUCCCUGGCAAGAUUGGGUGGAGAAAAGGAGGCAAGGCGCUGA